AAUUGAGGCCAGAAGCAAUAGAUAUGAACUACAAAACCCUAGGGUUAAAGCUCUCGCCUUCAUUCAACGCAGAAACGCCUCGCUAGCAGGGAACGACGCAUCUCAGCUUCAACCAUACCCAAAAUGGCGGACAAGGCAGUUACUAUCAGGACCAGGAAGUUCAUGACCAACCGUCUCCUCUCCAGGAAGCAAUUUAUCAUUGAUGUCUUGCAUCCAGGAAGGGCCAAUGUUUCUAAGGCUGAGUUGAAGGAGAAGUUGGCAAGGAUGUACGAGGUUAAGGACACAAAUGCCAUCUUUGUAUUCAAGUUCAGGACCCACUUUGGUGGUGGAAAAUCUACUGGUUUUGGCUUGAUAUAUGAUUCUGUUGAGAAUGCUAAGAAAUUCGAGCCUAAGUACAGGCUAAUCAGGAAUGGUCUUGACACCAAGAUUGAGAAAUCAAGGAAGCAGAUGAAGGAAAGGAAGAAUAGGGCAAAGAAAAUCCGUGGUGUUAAGAAGACCAAAGCCGGAGAUGCUGCUAAGGCUGGCAAGAAGAAAUAAGUGUAUUUCACUUUUUUUCUUCUGGAGUUGUGACAGUAUAUUUUUGUUUUGUCGUAGAGUUAAUUUAGCUACUCGUUUAAUGUGUUAAACCGGCACAAUAUUUUUGGAUUGCUACUUAAAGUCUCCAACUCUUGCUUUAUCAAUAUCAUCAGAGUAUUUUCUUUACA